GUAAGAGCCUUCAGAGAUAAUCAAGUUCAAUUCUCUUGUACAAAUUCUGUCCAAGAUCACACAGUAUUAGAAAACAAUUCAUCAGCCUUUCACAGCCUGAGUACUUUCCACUACAUUAGGCUGCUUUUAACCGUGAGACGCCGGAGUUACCUGUGAAAGAUUAGGUUUUGAGAUUAUCUAAUCCCAGUAAAAUUGAUGCAAGUAAGAGCAGUUACACCGGACUAGGAGGGAGUCCUGAGCCAGAGAGUGGGCGGGGCUCUGAGACCGUGGCCCAGACUUAAGAAAGGGGGCGCUCGAGAGCACUUCAGACUGCGAAAGACUGCAAUGGCCUGGGAAGUUGGUGAAGCCGGGGGUUUCUUACUCCGGGAAUUCCAGCCUGGGGAUGCGGACGCGGUGCGGGAGCUAUUCGCCGCGGGGAUGGGCGAGUACGGGCCGGCCCUGUGCUCACAUGUGUUUCAGCAGCCGUGGGUGAUGCUUACCCUGACCGGCACCUUCCUGCUCUUGGUGGCCAGCGCACACUCCCUGCUGCUGCCCGCGCUCGUCCUGGCACUGCUACUGGCAGCCGGCCACUUGGUGCUUGGCCAAAUCUGGGCCCAGUACAUCCGGCGCUGCCUCUCUCAGGACCUGAAGGAUAUUGGGGACGCGUACGCGCCGCAGUGCGGGGCUCGGUUCUGGGUGGCUGAGGCCGGAGGCCAAGUAGUGGGUAUGGUGGGUGCGCGGCCCGAGGAGGGCCACGGCCCCUCCGGCGUGCUGGUGCUGAAACGCAUGGUGGUGCGCCGAGACCACCGAGGCCGGGGCGUGGGCAAAGCCCUGGGACGAGCUGUGCUGGCCUUCGCCUGCGAGCAGGGCUGCCGCGCCGUGGUGCUUGUAACGCACCGGUUGCAGCGCGAAGCCCGGAGCCUUUACCUCAGCCUUGGCUUCCGGCCCGAGACGCCCCAGCCGUUUCCCAGCUUCUACGGACGCCUGGUGGACUUCACACUCACGCGCUACCGUUAUGACCUUGCCCCCGGGGACUAAGGCGCUGCUGCCUGGGGACGACCUUGUACUGGAGGACUGAGUCUCCUGGAAUGGGAGAGAGAGAGAGCAGAUCUGGAACCCCUUUCUCUUUUGCUCAGGGAGGGACCCAGAUCAAAACAUUAUUGAAUUUAGGAUUAACUGGCCUUGGGAUUUCAGGGAGCCGUGAGCGUGUAUAUAUGUGUGUGUAUAUUUGCAUCCCGAACAAGUCAUUUCAGCGCCCCGGGACACAGUAACCAGAGACUGGAUUGUACUUUUGUCAUUUCUCAGGUUUCUGGAAGCAGUUAAAUAAUGGGGCUACGCAAUGGAGAGAAGUGAUGAAGUAUAUUAUAUUGCAGCAUAUAAUAUAUGAUUCCCUCCCCCCCCCUUUUUUUUUUUGUUAAAUGUUCAAGUUAUUGUUGUUAUGGGUUUAGGGUUAGGGGGUACUAAUACACCUAGAAAGAAGAAAGACCAGAAGAUUAAAAAAACAAAAAUUACCAAUGCCUUCUUCCUUGAAUUUUCUGAACUACUCUAAAUUGUAUUAGCAGUCUUACCCUUUCCCUCCCUGCUUCCCCGGAGUUGCUAGAGCUUACUAUUAAACAUAUCAUUUCUGGUAACGUGCUUAAACCUAGAUUGACAGUGAAAUUGUGUCAGUACUUUUCGUGAGUAUUCUGCCUCCAGUCCACCCUCUAUACUCCAUCCUCAGAACUUUUUACAUGGCAAUAUAGAGUGUGAUUUGAGGUGCAAAAAAUAAGUUCCCAAAUGAGUACCUAGCAUGUCUGAAAUUCUUUCAUUGUCUUUACGAGCACUAUUUCAAAUUUACCGUGUUAUAAUUUCACUAGGAGUUAAUAAAAGCCUUUCUUAAGAUUAAGGUAAUAUUUGGAAGAUUAGUUGUAAAAUCAAAAAUAUGUCUAAAAAUCAAUUUUUUUUUUAAAAUAAUCGCAGAGCUCAUGCCCCAGGGCAACAAAGAUGAAUAAUACAUGGUAGCUGUCUUCAUGCAUAAUUUGAGCAUGGGAAGGAGGACUUAAACAAAAUAUUAUUUGUUGUUGUUCAAUGAUUUUCCAAUCUUGUCUGAAUAUUUCUAAUUGGUGAAGAAACUAAGGUAACAAGGUUAAGUGACUUGUUCAGAGUCACAUUACUAGUGUCUGAUACUGAAUUUGAACUCAAGGCCCUGCCCCAAUCACUGUGCCCCACCUAGUUGUCCUUUAUAUAAAAUAGAAUAAAACUAAUAAGAAACUGAGUUCAAUAAAAGAUGAGGCUUAAGAUAUGAGAAGGCAGUUAAAGGGGUACUAGGGAAGAUUUCAUGAAAGAGUUGAGACUGAAUUGUUCCUUGAACAGAAAAGUAAAAUGAGAAAAUAGAAUGAAGUUUCAUCAACGAAGAGAGAAAGCCAUUUCAAAAAGUUAGAAGCUACAGAGAUGGAUGGCCCUUACUGAGGUUAAAUGUUAAAAUGUUUAAAAACGUUAAAAAAAAAAAAAAAAGUGAAGAAAUGUAAGAUGUUUGAUAAAGAAUACCAGUAAUACAGCACAGAAAAAGACGUGGAAAAGGUCAAAACAAUUUAAUUUUAAAAAUUCCCCAAAUUCUAUGGUAUUUUACCAAAAGGUUUAAAAAUGAAUUUGUACCAAACCCACACACUCACACACACACAAAGUGGAGGAUUGAAUCCCAUAUGAAUGCUAUUUGAAAUUCUUGUUUGAAUGAUUUAUUGUUAUAGCAUAACCACAUAAAAUAAGGUAUUGGUCUGCUAAUGAUGUGAGAUCUACUUUAACUUUGUAAAUCUUUCAAUUUGUAGUAUGCAAAUUAUUUAAGUUGUACUAGAGUUAUCUGCAUACAGAAUGAUUUUCUAGAUAUGUAUGUUCAGUAUAUGAUGUAACUUAUUUUGUUCAGGAGAUGAAAAAUCUAGAUGUCUAUCUCAUUGUUUCUCUCCCUGCUUGCUUCAGUAUUGAUACUGUGGAUUGAUUGUCAUAGAUUUAGUUUUUUGGUGAAGUUUUGAGUAUUAUCUUUUUUGGAUGAUGCUCUGUUUUUUCAGAUAAACAGUAAGAACCCUCAGUAACAAGUCCAUUUUUCUUAUGGAAGAGUCUACAUCAAUAUAUAUUCUGUUAUUACAUGAAGAAAAACAUUAAUAAUUUUUCUACUCAGAAAAUAUUGCUAUAUAAUAAGUGAGGAAACCAAAGUAGCUAAACUUAUGAAUCUUUUACAAAAACUUCAAUGCUUCAAAAGAUAAUGUAGCUAUGUAAAAUGGGCAAAACUAUAAUUGUUCUGACAUUGGAUUAUGUUUAUUAACAUUUUUCCUGAUAGGUGCAUAUAAAAAUAUGGCCAAAAGGAACAAUUUCAGAUGAAAUGGAUUUGAAAGCCUAAAUCUAAAUGAUUGUAACUUCAUACUAUAGUUUAAAAAAAAAAAUGUGUGCAAGUUUUUAAAUUGUUAAAAAAAAAUUAAAACAACAUAAAUGGGAGUGUUACUGAGCACAGAAUUUGCUUCUUUAUAAGACAGCAAAGUGGAUCCAAGUUCACAAAUUCAGAUGAAGAUUAGAAUACUUAUGUGUAAAUAGUUUGGGGAUGAUCAAAGUAGCUAUUGUGGGUUUUCAUGAUUCAAAUGACACUAAUACUACUUAUGAGUUUAAUGCCUGACCAGUAGGCUGUUUUUUGGUAGUGUAUAAGUGAUUUUAUGUGUAUUUAUGUGCCUGAGCAUAGUUUUUAACUUUUGCCAGGAAAUGUCAGUAUAAAUUUUUUUUUUCUUUUAAUAAAAAUGUUUGAAAGUAGUAAUCAAA